AUGUCUGCGAUACCAUUCGGUGUUGUGGGUACCAAUUGGAUAUCCGAUUCAUGGAUCCAAGCCGCCGAGAAGACGGGCAAAUGGAAGCUACACACGGUGUAUUCACGUUCGCAAGAUCAAGCAUCGAAAUUCGCGGCCAAGUAUGGAUGCACCAACACUUACACCUCACUCGAUGAGUUCGCCGCCGACAGCGGCAUGCAAGCCGUAUACAUUGCAUCGCCCAACAGCCUACACUACGUCCAAGCAAAGCGAUUCCUCAAGGCGAAGAAACAUGUUAUACUGGAGAAGCCAGCUACUUCCACUGUCGCAGAGCUCGACGAUUUGUUCCGGACAGCGAAAGAGGAGGGUGUAUACCUGAUUGAAGCAUUCAGACAUAUUCAAGAGGCCAACUUCAAGCUACUGAAAAAGUCCAUUGUACAGGAUCAGAAAUUGGGCAAAAUCUACGGGGCGAGCUUCACGUAUGCCUCGUACUCCAGUCGCUAUAACAAUGUGCUGGCGGGUGAGACACCCAACAUUUUCAGCCUGGAGUUUAGUGGAGGCAGUUUGGUGGAUAUCGGCGUAUAUCCCAUCACCUUUGCUGUGGCUUUGUUCGGCCGUCCCAAGGCCCAGACGUAUGUUCCUGCAAUCUGCAGGACAGGCGUGGAUCUAGGAGGCGUGGGGAUCUUGCACUAUGAUGGUUUUGGCGUGCAAAUCAACAACGCCAAGGGUUAUAACAGCGCAGCCCCAUGUGAAGUUUACGGAGAGAAAGGCACCAUUACGAUCAAUGCAACAACAGACAUCAGCACGAUCAGCCUACUGGAUCCGAGAACAAAGAAUUCGGAAGAGCUUGCAGGGCCAUGCCUACGAGUCGAGAAGCCCAACGUGAACAUGGAGGAGGAGGCAACUGAAUUCGCCAGGGUAAUUUUGGAGAAGGACACGCAUGCAUUGGCCGAGCUGGAAAAAGUCUCCAGAGAUGUUAUCCAUGUCACGACAGACAUGCGUAGACAAGGGUCGGUGGUGUAUCCUGCAGACCAACAGUGA